AUGAUAGAGCUUCAGCCGGCGAAAACUAUGUGUUGCUGGAACAGCUUGCAAGUAGGUGCUGACGGCCGGACGGGUGUCCUUCAUCUAACCUGGCCAGAGUCUCUCGCUGCGACGGGGUCAAAUCUGCACAAUCAAAGCACAAUCGGGAUCCAAAAUGCCAGCGAAGCCAUUCGGAGAAAAAUCGACGAGUUGAAGCGCGAAUCGACUGCGGCGCUGACGACGAGCACCAAGCUAUACCAGAUCAUGUCGCAGCCGCUUGCCGAGCGCGCAGAACAAGGCAGAGAUGAGGAAGAGGAUACAGUAAAUGAUCACUUGAUACUUCUACAUGAGGAAUCUGCCAACGCCGAUGAAAAAGUGGAAUCCCUCCACGAACAGUGGCAAGCCUGCGUGCGGACGGAGCAGGAGGCGUGGAAGCGGCUGACGGACGACCACGACGCGCCGCAACAAGAACCGGAAUUGCACAACUUGAUAGACGCCAUUGAAGAGAUUGUGAGAAACGGAGAGCGAGAAAUUAACACUAUUGAAGAGGAAUAUGCCGAGUACAUACAGAUUGAGAGCCUCAAGGUAAUGCAAACGCUGAUGGAGGGCUAA